AUUUUUGGUCUCCCUUUUUCAUGUGGGCAUUGUCAGCUAAAAGCAAAAUCCUUAGAGAGAGAGAGAGAGAGAGAGAGAGCGGAGAUGGAGGAGGAGAGAGGGAGAGGGUAUUGGAAAGACUUGAUUUUUUAUCGUUUCAGUUAAGAGUAUUCUUCAAAACCCAGCCUUUCCAGCAAUAUACAGUUGCUGUCUACCCUUUUUUUCUCCAUCAUCUCCAUUGGUACUAUAUGAGUUUGUCAACAUCUUGAGGUGUUUUGCGCAUUUUAUCUCCUCUCUUGUCCCUCUAUUGGUUUCUUUCCUAAUAUACUUGGUGGGUCUUGUUCUUUUUUCCCCCCUCCCCUUUUUUUAAUGGUUUGGGAUGAGGAAUUGGCAGUGAAACUGGUCUACUUUUUUUGUUUGCUUCUCUGUUUUGAGUUAUUUUUCUCUCUAUAGUUCCCAAAUUUGUCUUCAAUUUUGAUGUACACCCUCUUCUGCUUUCCGAGAACUUUUUGGUUCAUGGCUUAUUGGCUUGUGUAGAGAUGCAUCAAAGAGCCCAUACACAGAUCAAAUCAGGGCUUGAGAAGCAGACUUGGGAGCAUUUCUGACCCGGCUUUUCUUUCCUCGGAUAAGUUUGAGUGAGCGACAACUACUUGUCAAAACAACCGGAAAGCAAGUUUAACAUUAGUAAUGCAAGUUCUUGGUGUGAAAAUGAGAGAUUUCCCAUCUUGUUUCGGUGAAAAUGGGGUUCAAGUUGCUGAUUCUUCCUCCUCAAGCACCAGCAGGGCUGCCCAGAAUUUAGUUACUUGUGUCUAUCAAUGCCGUUUACGUGGCCGGUCUUGCUUGAUUACUGUCACGUGGAGUAAGAACCUGAUGGGUCAAGGCCUUGGAAUUGGGAUCGACGAUUCAUCUAAUCAGUGUCUCUGUAAGGUUGAUAUUAAACCCUGGUUGUUCUCCAAGAGGAGAGGGUCGAAGAGUUUAGAAGCAUAUUCUUGUAAAAUCGAUAUAUAUUGGGAUCUUUCUGCGGCUAAAUUCGGUCCCGGGCCUGAGCCUUUGGAGGGAUUUUAUGUUGCAGUUGUUGUUGAUCGGAAAAUGGUUCUGAUUAUGGGGGAUUUGAGAAAAGAAGCUUUCAAGAAAACUAAUGCCAACCCUGUAAAUUCUAAUGCUGUUUGCAUUGCCAAGAGAGAGCAUAUUUUUGGCAAGAAAGUGUUUAGUACCAAGGCUCAAUUUUGUGACAAUGGUCAAAUUCAUGACCUUGUGAUAGAAUGUGACACCAUCAGCGCUGAGGAUCCAUGCCUGGUGAUCCGCAUAGAUAGCAAGCCUGUAAUGCAGGUGAAGCGGCUUCAAUGGAAGUUCCGGGGGAAUCUUCCCAUCUUGAUUGAUGGGCUUGCGGUAGAAGUUUGCUGGGAUGUUCAUAAUUGGCUCUUCGGUGCAUCACUUGGAAGUGCUGUUUUUAUGUUCAGAACAUGCCUAUCAGCUGAGAAGUUGUGGGCUAGCCAACCACUUUCCAAUCCAAAUCCAUUUCCGUGGUCAUUCUCGCAAGGAUUUUCAGACUCCAAAACACAAUGUCAUGGCUUCUCACUGAUUUUGUAUGCUUGGAAGAAUGAAUAGAGAGAUUUGAUAAAUUAUUCAUGGAGUGCUAACAAAAGCUUAAAGCGAGCGUUGAUUUUUAUCAACUCUGUGAUCAUAUUACACUGAAUUUUAUUAAAUGAUCCGUUUUCUUCUUA